ACUCUAGACACUAGUUGCACGCUUUGGCCGAAAGUCAAAACAAACCAAUAAAAAUGGAGCAAACGAAGCCAUUUUACGAUUUAAGCAUUGCCUACAACAAGGACGACUCGGUGAUGAGGGCCCUGCUCAACGAGCUCGUGGAAUUGGGCUACAAAACCAUCGCAAUCGAUCAGAGUUUCGAUCACAGCAAAAAGGAGGCCGGUAAACGGGGAUCCGAGAUGUUUCCCGAGCCCCACAAGAUUGAGCAUCUGCGCAAGGAGUUCCAGAACAAACUGAGGAUCCUGCAGAGAAUCACCAUUCUCUACGUGGACGUUAAUGUGGCGCAUGCAAUGAGUGUUUCCCAAAAUCUGCGAAAGUUUAAUCUAAUUGCUGGCCAGCCGAAAACAGAUGCUGCUUUGACGCACUGUUGCACCACAUUCAAUGGGGACCUAAUAAGCUUUGAUCCUGUGGCUGGAUCACGUCUUUCGGUCAAUCGGAAAGCCUACCUGGUGGCCGUUCGUCGGGGCCUAUUCUUCGAGAUCAAAUACGCCCCAGCUAUAGCCGAUUCGAAUAACAGGAAGGACAUAAUAAAAAUCGCACAGAACUAUUGCACCAAAGGAAAGUCAAAGAACAUAAUUUUCAGUAGUGGAGCGGCGCACGAAUUCCAGCUAAGAGGACCCUACGAUGUGGCCAAUCUGGCCUUUAUUUUCGGAUUAUCGGAGGACCAAGGCAAGAACGCUGUGGAUCGGCAUUGCCGGCAACUCUUUUUGAGGGCAGAGUCGCGUCGCAUCGGCAAAACCAUUAUGUUUGUAAAGGGCAAUGGACCUAUUGUAUUCUCAGGCAGCUCAGAGGACGACCACAGCGAGGAAGACGACGAUAUGGAGGAUCUGGAAACGCAAAUAGGAGGAGAGGAUGAAUCGGAAACUAAAAAUGAAAAUAAGCAAUCCAAUAAACGACUGAAAAUGGCUUAGCAUCAC